AUGAAGAGAUAUGCAGAGAAAUGCUAUGAUUAUUAGAUUAUUUUAGGUGAUGCCAAUCAAAGAAAGCAAAAAUAAUAACAUAUUUAGAUGACCAAUGGAAAAGCAGAAGCCCAGAGGUCUACUAUUCAAAUCAUCAUGAAUAGAAUUGUGUUAUAUUGUUAAGGUGAACCUAAAUAAUUGGAAUAAACUGUUCAAAUUCGAAACAUUAGAGAGUCCUUAGUUGUAGAGGUAAGCAUACCAUUUUAUUAAAGAAAAUGUAAAAGAACAAGUCCAUAAAUAAUGAAAAGGAUGUGCAAUAGGAAGUGCUAACUAAGAGAAUUAGUUGCUUUUCAUAAAAAAUAUUAUUAAAAUUCUAGUUCGAUAUUCUUAGGAGGUUUAAGAAGCUUAAAUUCUCUAUACUUCAAAACUACCACAUCUAUUAGAAUCUUACCUUUUUUCAGGAAUGUAAAUUCAAACAAAUGAAUUCUACAAGACCAAUUCACUAUGGAGUCUCAUUUAGAUUUAUCUAUAUUAUUAUAAUUGAGCAAUAUUGUAAUAAUAAUUGAGAUAAGACUAAAGAGUUGGAGACAAAAGAAGAUUCAAUAACAAAAUGGGAGGAGACCUACAAUGAUCAAAUGAUUUAAGCAAAAUAGAAAAAUAAGAGAAAAAAUGUCUUUAUAUUUCCCAAGAAAGCAUUUACUCAUACUGGUUGCUAUUGA